GUAUCUUUUACAACAAUAGGGGGAAAGAAAAAACGUUGUGCUAGAUUUUGAAAAUUUGCCAAAAAGGGCUUUUCAAUUUUACAGUUCAGUUUUUCCUUUUGGGGGUCAGAGCUGUUGGGAUUCCGAGUACCCAUCAGCCCAACUAACUUGCCCGGUUUGUUCGGUUUCCUUCCUCCUCCUCCUCCUCCUCCUCCUCCGUCCUCUGCAUCCCCCGCAAUUCCCCUCCACCAUUGUUGGAUCAUCUCAUCCCCUGCCUGCCUGCCUGCCUGCCUGCCUGCCUGCCCGCAACAUCCCCUAACCAAACACCCACCCAAAUUCUUCUUCAAGGAAAAGGAAAAAAAAGAAAAACCAAAAAGAAGAAAAAAAAUACUAACCCAAGAGAAAAGGAAAGAAAACGAUUAGAAAUCUUCUAAUCAUCCAUUCAUUCUUCCUGUAGUUAUUGUUAAUGGGAGAGAGAAGGGAAGGAGAUGCAAGAGUUCAUGUGAUCAUAUGCCUCCUAAUCCUCUGCAUCCUCGCCGGAGGAGCCUUCCUCUGCCUGUACAUCUUCCUUCCAGCAACCGAAUCCUCUAAGUGGUAUUACCUCGCCGGGAUUGUCCUUGAAGCGAUCCCUUGGGCCUUCUGGCUCUUUACUUACCUCUACACAUGCUUCAAGGCCCGAGGAAGAGGUGGUGGUGGCGCUGGAGGAGGGAUCUCCCCCAAGGGGGGUGGUGCCGGCGCUUGGAAGCCCCCUUCCACUCGCACCAACAGCAGUGCUGCCGGUUCAGCGGCUGCCCCGACUUCGCCGGUGAAAUCCCCUGCAGGCGAUGAUGCCCGACAUGUCCAUUUUGGGGAGGUCGUUGUGGUGGGGAAUGACGAGGACGAUGGUAAGAACAGGUUGUCAGGAGGAGACGGGUCAACAGGGGGCGGAGGAGGAGCAGGACGAGAACACAACAACAAUGGACCAAGCGCAUUGAACGAUGCAGAGCUCUCCGUCUGUUCUAGGGAGAGUGAGAUGCCAUUAAAGUUUGGAGCUUCAUCUUGUAAAUGAACAUUGUUUUUGUGCAAAGGUGAACAUGAAAAAGAAACUUCCGAGUCCCUCGUCUUUCUUUUUUCUUCUUCAUUUAUGAAAAGCAGAACAUGUGAUGCUAGAAAUCUCAUCAUAGUUUCCAAAGAAUAAGAAUUGAUUCGGUAAAAGAUCUUCA